AUGUCAUCCACGCACGAUGCCGCAGUGCCACUCCCGCCGGAUAUAUUGGCUGCCGUCGAUCCGCUCUUCGAGGUGCUGGCGGCGUUUCCGCUGCCACAGCUACUGACGACAUCGGCACCACCAGAGCUCCGCGGUGUGGCGUGUGACACGACACAGGUGCCUGAUGACGUUAUAAAGAACACUGUCAUGGAGUCCGCCCGCACUCUCAUGGCAUCUAGCAGCUACAUGACACUGCGCCGCAGCGCAGAGAGGGGUGAAGAAGACAGCAACGAGAAAGGCACUUCCCAACUCUCUCCUCUGGCGCGACGCAUUCAUGAGGGACUGCUGCGCAUAGAGAUAGAUCACAUUCACAGCAUAAGCGGUAUGAGGAACAUUGAGGCGCCCUCCAAGCAGGCGAGGUGGGCACACAAUACGGAGCGUCGCAUGGAGUUACGCCCGCGUUCCGCCCUUGAUUCUCACGAUCAAAAGGAGGGUGAAGCAGAAGCAAGACGAGUUGCUAAGGUGCCGAAACUCGAGCCGAAGCCCAGCCUUACAGCACCGGUUUUCUUGCAUGAUCCCGAGUUUUCAAAUGCUGAGCGCAAAUCAGAGUUGUCCUGCUCUUCGACCAUCUCAGAUAUCAUUGAAAAGGGACUGCAGGGAGCCCACUCUCUCGAGUCUCUUCUAGGCGUUUUGUCAGAUGCACCGCAGCCUUUCAAAAACAUUCCUGCAGAUCGUCUCACGGCUUUUGUGUCGUCAUUAGUGGCUCUACCAGAAGAGAAUGCGACGUCCUGCACGGAGUUUGUGAUUCCCGUGUCUGUGAUGCAGCGAGCAUUGGCCUGCUGUGCGUGCAUUGCCCAUCCUUCCUUUGAGCCUUCUAUUCUCGCAGAGGAUACCGUUGAUCACCUCAUCACCAUUCUGGCCGCUUUAAUCCGCCGCAUCAAAAAAAGACACUCGGCUCAUGUCCCUGACGACGCCAGCGGUGGGACUGAGCUGGAAUGCCUGCGGAGUAUGCUGAACUGCUUUGCAGUGAUUGUGUCCGACACCCGACUGAAUAUUUGUGUUCACGGAGACCUGCUGCGUUUGGAGGACCUUUGUUUCCAGUGUCUUUUUGUCAUUACAAAUGCCUGUGGACGACAGGAGGUAACAAACUACGCUGCAUAUUUGUUGAGCCAUGCACUGUAUCUCUACUCCGCUCUUUGGAACAGGCUGGAGACACAGCGCGAGACAACAUGGGUGCGUUUCUUCCCCCGGCUGCCAAAUGGUGAAAAUCUUUUGCUACGCCUGCAUCUGCUUCCGUCAGGCGUGAAAACAAUGGCGCUCACGCCGGCUGUGGUGGCCGCAGCGCAGUCGCUUCCCAUCGUCACCGGAAUCAACACAAAAAGUUCUGCAGAAGUUUUGCAGCAGCAAUGUUGCGCGUGGUCAAAUAUGUUUUUCCAGCAAUUUCUCCUAGUGGAUAGGGAGGAAAAGAAGGAGCGCGACAUGUGCAGCACAAUUGCCUUGCAAUUCUGUGAAGAUUUGGCAAACAUGGUGGGACUACCGGAGUACCCUGUGGCAGACAUGCUGUUGCGCUCCCUUCUAGUAUCUUUUGCGCAGUAUUGCCUAUCUUCCUCCGCGACAGAGGGGCUACGAGCACUCUUCCUGGAUGUUGUCUUUAGUGUGUCUUGUGUUGUUUUCAGCGCCACGCAGCAGAAUGUGCUGCACUCUGCGCCUCCAGAUUUUUCUGUUCUGACGGAUGCUCAACUGCGAGAGUGGCGCCAUCUCACACACCCCGGCGAGGCGGCGAUAGAUACGGAAUUACCACUUCCCGAUGAUGAAAUGCGGCGUGCGCUGCUCUACAUGGCUCUCUCGCACCGCGUUGGUGAUCCUGCGCCUCAUGUUGCAGCCGCUUCUCUUCACUUGCGCGCGGCGCACAUCUUCACGUGGGCCCUUCAAGAUGAAGCCCGCUUCCCGCAUGCCGUUUUGGAGCCAUUACUGCACACAAUGCACGUGGCAGAUGGUGGAGUUGCUGUUGACUGGGGCGUCCUACAUGCGUGCAGUGCGCAGUUGUGUGCUGCCUUUGAAAAGUCUUUAUUGAGUGCCAUGGCGAAAGAACGACUGCCGUCGUGGCUGAUUUCUGUGUUCCAACUGCGAGAGGAGCAACACAUUGCGGGACUUGAGGCAUCACGCAAAAAGGCUCUCCAACACAUGGCGAAACUUACCAGACUGCAUCCACCACUACUUGCAAAGAUUUGGCCCAUCGCCCGCCGUUGCGUUCGCGACGAUAACGCGCGCGUGCGUGAGGCCAUCAUUCCGCUUUUUCUCACGCUCUUCUCGGAAACGUGCGGGAGCGGUGACGCCUCUUCCCGCGUGGAGGAGACGGCCACUGAGGUCAUCAGCUCUCUUUUACACCUCAUUAGUGAUCGCAGCGUGGCUGUUGUCACGCGUGCCAUCACGGCUCUUGAUACAAUACUUACAGACAUUUCGUUUAGACGUUUUUUAGAGACGUCAGCGAGGGGAGAAAACCUACUGACUUUUACAGAGUCCAAAUUGCUGGCGAUGGUUGCCUCGGCGAAGGAGAAUCGACAUCAAACCUGUGUGAUGCGACUUUUCCUGCACCGUUGGGUGGGGCAGGAGAGCGUCGAAAUCGCCGCCCACCACACACGUGUGCGCGUAGCAAAGGAACUGAUGCGCCUCACUGUAACGAACAUGGCGUACCCGUACGAGGUACCGGAGUCACUACACCUUGUCAAACUUCUGCGCGGAAUGUGUCGUUUGACGGAGGGGCGUGAGAUGUCGGGGCGUACCACAAAAAACUUGGGGGUAGACUCUCUGGAGCUCUGUGCCGUCAUGAUUGGAGCCGCCAAGGUGCUGUGGACGGAGCACCAACGACUGAUGCCGUCACCAGAGGCCGCAGCUGCACUCGCCGCCAUUAACGCUCUUGCAAUGGCAUGUAGUGAGUGGAUAGAACCACUACUAGAGGUACUUGCACAGAUCCUUCUGCAGUCUAUAACGCUCCCGUCACCAUCAUCAUCAUCAUCGUCGCAGGCGGUGGAAAGGGAGGCGAUGGGUGUCACAUUACUGCAUGUGUGUCGGAUCUUUCGGACAGUGUUGUUGGCGCCACGCGCCCCACCGCUCUCACUGGACACACUUGCGCGUGCUCUCACCACCCUAUUGUCAAGAUAUGUCGGACCACACCAACAACAAAUUCUUUUGUCAGCUAGUGGCGCUCUAACGGCUACUAUCACGUGUGGUGGGGAAAAGCUUUCACAGUAUGCCAAUACAAAGUACCUGCUCCUCUGCUACUCCCUUAUGAAUACCUAUUACGUGCGUACUAUGUCGCUUAUUUCGUCACUUCGCACGGAUCCACAGAGUGUGGCGUACACACUACGAUUUCUUUUUCUUCUUUCGGAGUUUUGCGCCAAUAUCCUGAGUGGAGCGGCAUCAUCAGG